UUCUCCCGCUGCUUGUUCACACACGCUCUCGUCUUCAUGCUGCACACACACACACCCACCGUGUGCUCUGACCGUCUGAUCAUCAGAAAGGAAGCUGGGUCAGGAGGACGCUCCGGACUCCACUGUAGGAUUUAAACCAGGCCUGUUGUGUUGUAGUUUGUGUUAGUGUUGUUAUGCAUGUGUGAGCUCCAUGUGUUUGAGAUAAAGCAGGAGUGAUUGUUAUUUUAUUCUUUGGAGGAUUCUUCAGUCUUUUUCCUGACACUCAGACACAGAGUCGUAACUUUUCCUCAGGACCUGCUGCAAUUUCCUCUCGUGUCAGUGACAACUCAGUCGACAGGAUGACAUGGCGUCCUCAGUACCGCAGCUCCAAGUUCCGCCACGUAUUCGGUAAGGCCGCCACCAAGGAGAGCUGCUACGAUGGUGUGCCGAUCACGCGCAGCGUUCAGGACAACAACUUCUGUGCUGUCAAUCCUCGUUUCCUGGCAGUCAUCACUGAGUGUGCCGGGGGAGGGGCCUUCCUGGUCCUGUCUGUCCAUCAUAGAGGUAAAGUGGACCCUCACCACCCCAGAGUCUCAGGCCACAGAGGAAAUGUGUUGGACAUCAAGUGGAAUCCAUUCAAUGACUGGUGCAUCGCCUCGGGCUCUGAGGACACUACGGUGAAAGUGUGGGAGAUCCCUCCUCAUGGUGUACUGAAGAACCUGACGGUACCAUGGAAGGAGCUGCAGGGUCACAGCCGCAGAGUCAGCCUCAUCGAGUGGCACCCGACCGCCAACAACAUCCUCUUCAGUACAGCUUACGACUACCAGGUAAUGAUCUGGAACCUGGACUGUCCAGAGCAGGUGAUAAAGAACCCGGUCCGGACCAUCAGCCACCACACAGACGUGGUCCUCUCCAUGUCUUUCAACACAGACUGCAGCCUCCUGGCCACCACCUGCAAGGACAGGAAGGUCCGCCUGAUGGAGCCGCGCUCAGGAAACCUGCUGAGGGAAGCCAACUGUAAGACACACAAAGCCAGUAAGGUGCUGAUCCUGGGAAACAUGAAGAUGCUCCUGACCACAGGAACAUCACGCUGGAAUGAACGGCAGAUCGCUCUGUGGGAUCAGGACGACCUGUCUGUGCCUUUGUUAGAGGAGAACCUGGACGGUUCAUCAGGAGUCCUCUUCCCUUUCUACGACCCUGACACACACAUGCUCUACCUGGCUGGAAAGGGUGAUGGGAAUAUCAGGUACUAUGAGAUCAGCUCAGAAAAACCGUACAUCCACUUCCUGACAGAGUACCGCUCACACUUACCUCAGAAAGGAAUGGGUGUGAUGCCAAAGAGAGGCCUGGAUGUGAGCUCCUGUGAGGUGUUCAGGUUCUACAAACUGGUGACAAUCAAAAGUCUCAUUGAGCCUCUGUCCAUGAUCGUACCCCGCAGGUCGGAGUCGUAUCAAGAAGACCUCUACCCAAUGACAGCUGGUUACAAACCUGCUCUGACUGCAGACGAGUGGCUCAGUGGCAUCAACAAAGGCCCGGUGCUGAUGUCUCUGAAGCCCGGCAGUCAGAUAGCAGAUUCGUAUUCAGAGAUGAGUAAAGGGACGGGAAACUCACUGGACACUCGCAGGUCCCAGAGCAGACCGGGCAUGCUACAGCUACAAUACAUUCAGGACCAGAUGGGAACCAAAGACAGCAAAGAGGACGGUGACCAUGCAGACGACGACAGGAGCCGGAUGCCCGUCAGCAACGGAGAAGACCUCGCACUCUGCUCUCCUCCGAGGACAGAGAACGAGCUGCGUCUGAAGUUCCACAGGCAGCAGGAGGAGAUCCGCCGUCUGAGGGAGCUACUCAACCAGAGAGACGUACGCAUCAAACAGCUGGAGCUGGAGAUUAAGAACAUCAAAAACUCCCAGCCUCAGGGCUCACUUUAAGAUUCACCUCCACCUCUUCACGGGGACACGACUUCCUGUUUUUUUUUCACAGCAUCACACUGUUUGCAGGGUCCUGACUCAGCUCUUCUCCUUCGUCGAUCCCCCCCAGCCCCCACAGUCACUGCACAGGGGUGAUUUAAACCUCCACUUUGUGUUUGCAUCUGUCUUUUUGUCAAUUCUACACAGGGUGUACAUAUUCUCUGUUCCUGUACAUACACUCUAACUCUGUGUCUCACCCAGCUCUAACACAUUUUAAACACUUUGCACCUUCUGACCUCUCCCCUGUUUCUUUUGUACGCUUCACAGCUCUAUGCAAGUUUGUCAGUUUUAGCUUUUUUAUGCUCUUUGUAGUAGAGAGAUAAAGGCUGUGUGUGCUUGUCCUGACUGACUGAUGUGUGUGUUUGUGUGCUGUCUGAGAGUUGUUGCAGGGCAGGAGCAGACAUCCUGUGUGAUUGUAAUGAUAACGCAGAUUUUAUUUUCUAUGCUUGGUGAUUGUUUUUUUAAUUUGUUUAAACUACUGUAAGUGGAGGCGGCUGGAGUUUAACAGUACGUGUGUUUGAAUGAGAGUGAGAUAAAUGAUAAUAUCAUGACCCCAGCUGUGUUCUGCCGUUCCACUGAGCUGCAUUUGUUUUAUUUUUAUUUUUGAACGACUGGAAAAUUGGUGAGAAAUCGAUCUGAUUCACAGCAGCUAUUGUUCAAGCCAAUCCUGUAACUGAUGCCAUGUAGCAGUUUGAUCUUAACUUUUAUAUUUAUUUUGAAAUACAGGCAAAGAAAACACAGUUUAAUCAAGUACUUGAUUUUGUUAUUUUGGGAAAUACAGUCAGUCAGACAGUUUAAAGGCUGCGUUCUUUGUCCUGAUGUGAAGUCACUGUGAAGAAAUGGGUUAAAGCCAUUGUAGAGUCUGAACACUGCACCACUCAGUUAGCUUCUGUUCCACUGCUGUUUCAGGUUUUCAGCGUAUUUUCCCAUAGAGUGACUUUUUAUUCCUCUUUGUUAAUACUGAGGUUUUCUGUUCACUCUCGCUGCUCUUCACCUCUUUAGUAGGUACACCUGUACAAUCUGAUGCAGUCCAAUACAACAGCUCUGACAUCAACUGUAUUUUUACUGAGCUUAUUUAUUUAUUUAUUUAUCUGACAUUGACAGAAAGGUGAUAAUUCUACUCUAUGUUUAUUACUGAGGUUGUAGUGGGUGGUGGUGUCCUGGCUUUAUACUGAGAGGUGUUUCUAAUAUUUUGUCCACCGCAAGUGGCCGGUGAGUGUAAAUAUACUGUCAGAGAUAUUUUACUGUUCACACUGUGGAAACGAUUCCUUUAAUAUUUUAUCCAUGUGAGCAGCUAAAGUUCAUUGAUCCACUGAAAUUUCUCAAUAUAUUCAAGAUAAACUGGAGCAAAAUGUAGUCUAGACUUUCAUGUUCCCUGAUGUCACUGCCUAAUGACCUGAAUUUUUCUGUAGCGCCACCAUGAGGUUGACAUUUGGGGAUUUGAGUCAGUUGUCUCCAGAACUUCUACAUGGACUAGACUGUGUAGAAUGAACUGUUAAGGUCAACCUUUCAGCCAAUAACAUUAAUGAUAAGUCUCUUUGAACAACUACAGCUCAGUGAGCAAAAUUCAUAUGCUCAUUAAAGCUUUGUGAUAUGACUGAAAGCUCCAAAACUAGCGAGUAAGUGGACCUUGAGUGCAUAUUCUCUCAAAAUGAUACUACAGCUCAGAUUUAACUUGCUAGUAUAGAUAAUCAUUUUCACAGAAAAUCCCAGUGUGACAUUUCAUCUUCUUCUGUGAGAAAAUACACUGUCUGUAUGAGUCCAGUGGAGCAGAAGUAAACUAAAAGAGGCUGCAGGUUUUUAUCUCGAACAUUUGAAAGGGAGCUCCUAAAUGUUUCUUAGCUAUAAUCUUUUAAAGUAACCACAGCAGGCUUAAAGACAGUAAACUGUACAUUUACACUGAGCAUUCCUUCUAAUGACUUGUAGAGAUGUGUUUUCCCUCAGGGAAUUUCUGAGUGGUCUUCAUAGUUUCUGCCGUGGUGCAGUCAGACCUGUUCCUCAUAUCCUUGCUUUCAGAACUGGGACAGUUGAUUUUGACCUGAAUUUUUUCAAAAGCAUAAGAACAAGAAAACAUUCCCUGUCUCUCACCAACAUGUUGAGAGAAACAAUACGCUGAUAGACGCGUAAAUAUGCACAGAUGUCACUGCAGAUAUUGGGUAACACAUGCAGUGUAGGGUACAGUAUGAAUGACAGUGCAUGUCUGUAUUUAUGUAGAGGCACAGGCACCAUAAUGAUAUUCUAGAUUUGGCUUACGUUUCAUGGCCACUUGUGGGAAAAAAAAAAGGGGUAACAGGUGGAAACUGCCACAGCAACCCACACCACAGACACACACACUCACAGACACACUGCUUUCAAUACAACAGUGCUGUGUGACCCCACUGACCUCUGUCAGGAUGGUUCUAGCACAGCUUCAUCCUGGGCUGACUUUUGUCCAGGAGCAGCGACGCCCAGCCAGGGUAAACUCUGACCCCCACUGCUGUUAGAGGACAUGUUUCAACACAUCAGCUGCUGUUUUUUACAGUUGGUUAGUGGCUGAUUAGGCUGUUUGUUCACGUUAAACAGUUUUAGGUAACAGGUUUCACUCACAGAACCACUUCAAACACUUUAAUCACGUCAGUGUCUCCCAUUCAAAUGGAUUAUUCCCCACGCAAAAAUUAUUUUAUUUAUAUUUUUAUUUUCAUACGUCUGCCCGGAAGUAAAACAAAUGCCAAAAAUGUGCAUGUAAAAAACAAUAACUGGUUAGCUUAAGUAGUCAGUGCUAGAUCAUCAUUUUAUACCACAAAUAAUAAUAAAUUCUUAGCCUGUCACUGGUUAAAUAAGAAUAGCAGCUGACAUUAAUGUGUCUUCUGUCCCAUUUCACUCACAACUGUGUGUCCACUUAUAGCUGAAUUUGACUGAUCUGAUAUUAUACACUUAUUCACUGACAGCCCUCAGUAAGUGGAGUUCACACAAUUUUAAAAUUCAUUUCGUAAAGAGAUUUUCUGCAGAGUCAGGCCUGUCUUAUUUCUGCUCUUACAUCAGUCUGAUGCACUUAAAACUGUUUCACUUAAAUAAAGAUGGACUUAUUUUAAACCCUAAAAAAUUAGCCUCCCGACCCCAAAGCUAACUCUUGAGCCAAGUUUCCAUGGUAACCGUCUGUGAGACACGCUGACCUAUGGCAGCAGUGGCUCGUUUAAUGUUAACAUCUUCGUCAUCACAUCACAUCUUUAAGCUCUUCCUGUUUUAGGAGUUUUACUUUGAAUAUUUCUGUUUUUGCAUCUUGUACCAUGUUCCUGAAGUGGAGUGGUUUGCCACAGUCUGCUCAGUCAUGUUAGUUAGUUCAACAAAAGUCUUAACUUUCCCAGAAUGAAUGAACUAAACAGCUUUGUGCAAUGGAUGAAUCUGAAGUCUAAAGUCUGUAAAGCAACAGAGGAAAAAGCUCUGAUUGUACUGAAACGAACAAGAGAAAGAAUUGUUCCUCCUCCAAUAGUUACAUGGUGUUUCUUCAAAAUUGCUAUAUUUGUAAUGUGGAUUAUUUCUCCAGCCUGUGAAAUCAGCUGUAUAAUGUCUGUGGAGGCAGUUCUGAUAACGGCGUCCAUGUCAUCUCAGAUUAGACUUGGUGCCUACAAAUUUUAGUAAGUCUGUGAGAGGAGUUUGGACAUUGAUGUUUACUAAUGAAAAGAUGCUAAUUGUUGCAUCAGGGGAAGUGUAGGCCUGACUUAUAUUAGAGACCAAAUGUCAGGACAUCUCUGCUUUUGCUGCAUCGAUUUUGACCAUACCUUUUAAAAUCUCUGUCCCAUGAGCCCCCUACUUAAUUUAAGGUCAAUAAUAAAUUACUGGAGAACUCUUUAAGCUGAUGAAUGGUUGAAUCUGAUUCUAUGUUUUGGGAGAAAUUGCACUGACUGCAGCUACUGUCAAAAUGAUCAUCUCACUGCCAACCACACCCAGUCAUAUCCUUUAAUUCUCCUGGUGUAUUAUCAUUAUUUGGACUAGUGCAAAUAGAGAAUAAUAACAACAUACAGUGAUCAUACAUUGAUGUGAAUUAUUGACAAUCGGCAGUGUGUUGUUUUGUCAAAGGCACCAAGUUUUAUGAAUGAAUCAUCACAGUGUUAUGGUUCAGUGAUUACUGCUUUACAGAAAACGGUUAGUAGUUCAACGCUGCAGAUGAUCAUUAUUCUGUUCCUGUUAUGGCCAAUACCAAGUCCUCACAACAAAGAAAAACCUCGCAACAAACCAAAUGAGAACACAACACUAUCAUUGUAUCUUCUCAGUUUUAAAGCUACACUCUGACAGUCACUGACGUUAUAAUGGAGCAAUAAUGUAGCUGCAGAGUUAACUGUCUGAACAUGUCUGACUUAUUAAACUAUUUCAUCUGAGGAUUGUUGCUGGGUUCAUAUGAGCCUCACUGUGCCUGACUUAGAUGCUUUUUUAAAUGCAAUUAUUGUGAUGUCUUCAAAUGUAUUUAGUAAAAACUGAAAUAAGAUUUUAUCCCACUUCUUUUAAUAUUGUUUCUAAAACAUGUAAAAAAAUAUAUAUAUGUUAAUCACACAAAGUAUGAUUAAAUUUAUCUGGGAAAUCCA